CGGAGCAGAGCGCAGAGGCUGAGCGUAGCGGAGCUGAGCUUGCUGCCCGCCCUCGCCUCGCCGCUGCUGAAGAGCAAAAAGGAGCAGGAAAAAACCCCAAACCACAACAAGACCCCCAAACCCACCCAGAAAACUGAGGCGAGUUCUCCGGCUUGAGCACGACUCCGGAGGAACCGAGAGGAGAUUUGCUUCGCUUCUCCUUCCACCGGACGGAGGUGCGGGAGUUGAGGGGACAGCAUGGGUGGAGGAGCUGUGAGGAGCAGCUGCCCCUUGCGCCUGGAGCGGCUGCUGCUGCUGUGGCUGCUGAGGCUCUGCAGCUGGACCGCUGCCCUGCGAGGAAAUGAUAACAGUGAAGCCCUUCCAGAGUCUAUCCCAUCUGCUCCUGGAACCCUGCCUCAUUUCAUGGAGGAACCAGAUGAUGCCUACAUCAUCAAAAGCAACCCCAUUGUCUUACGCUGUAAAGCCAUGCCAGCUAUGCAGAUCUUCUUCAAGUGCAACGGGGAAUGGGUCCACCAGAACGAGCAUGUGUCUGAGGAGAGCAUGGAUGAGACCACAGGACUGAAGGUUCGAGAGGUGUUCAUCAAUGUCACAAGACAGCAGGUGGAAGAUUUUCAUGGGCCAGAAGAUUACUGGUGUCAGUGUGUGGCAUGGAGCCACCUUGGGACCUCCAAGAGCAGGAAGGCUUCUGUCCGCAUAGCUUAUUUAAGGAAGAACUUUGAGCAAGACCCUCAAGGGAAGGAGGUUCCCAUCGAAGGGAUGAUCGUUCUCCACUGCCGGCCGCCCGAGGGAGUCCCUGCAGCUGAGGUGGAAUGGUUAAAGAAUGAGGAGCCCAUCGAUUCCAACCUGGAUGAGAACAUCGACACCAGAGCAGACCACAACCUCAUCAUCCGCCAGGCUCGGCUGUCUGACUCGGGGAACUACACCUGCAUGGCCGCCAACAUCGUGGCCAAGAGAAGGAGCAUGUCUGCCACAGUCGUGGUGUAUGUUAAUGGAGGUUGGUCCUCAUGGACCGAGUGGUCGAACUGCAACGCGCGGUGCGGACGGGGCUGGCAGAAGCGCUCUCGGACCUGCACCAACCCUGCUCCCCUCAAUGGAGGUGCCUUCUGUGAAGGAAUGUCAGUGCAGAAAAUCACCUGCACUUCUCUUUGCCCUGUGGAUGGCAGCUGGGAGGUGUGGAGUGAGUGGUCUGUGUGCAGCCCAGAGUGUGAGCACCUGAGGGUCCGGGAGUGCAUCUCUCCUGCUCCCAGGAACGGGGGAAAGUUCUGCGAGGGCUUGGGCCAGGAGUCGGAGAACUGCACCGAUGGGCUUUGCAUUCAAGAUAAAAAACCUCUUCAUGAAAUAAAAUCCCAAAAUAUCGAGACUGCCAGUGACAUUGCCCUGUACUCUGGCCUGGGAGCAGCAGUCAUUGCUGUAGCUGUGCUGGUGGUUGGAGUUACCCUUUACAGACGGAGUCAGAGUGAGUACGGCGUGGAUGUGAUUGAUUCAUCUGCACUGACAGGAGGCUUCCAGACAUUUAAUUUUAAAACAGUCAGACAAGGUAACUCCCUGCUGUUGAACUCAUCCAUGCAGCCUGACCUGACUGUGAGCAGGACCUACAGUGGCCCAAUCUGCCUGCAGGAUCCCAUGGACAAGGAGCUCAUGACAGAGUCCUCACUGUUCAACCCACUGUCAGACAUCAAAGUCAAGGUCCAGAGUUCCUUCAUGGUGUCCCUGGGGGUGACAGAGAGGGCUGAGUAUCACGGAAAGGCACACCCUGGAACUUUCCCCCAUGGGAAUAACAGAGCUUUUGGUACACUACAGGCUAGGAACAAGACUACCUACAUUCAGAACCUGUCUUCUAUUUCAACAACAAGUGAGCUGAAGACAGCUGCCAUCUUUGGGCACCUGGGUGGCCGUUUGGUGAUUCCAAACACAGGAGUCAGCCUCUUGAUCCCACACGGAGCUAUUCCUGAGGAGAGUUCAUGGGAAAUCUAUCUUGCCAUCACUCAGAAGGAGUCCAGCCUCCAGCCUGAAGGCACAGAUGUUCUUCUAGGUCCAGAAGUAACCUGUGGGCCCUCAGAGGUGUCUGUCAGCACUCCCUUUGCCUUGACCAUCCCACACUGUGCAGAAGUGAAUUCAGAGCACUGGAAUAUCCACCUGAAGAAAAGGACACAGCAAGGAAAAUGGGAGGAAGUGAUGUCUGUGGAAGAGGAAACUACUUCUUGCUACUGCCUGUUGGAUCCUUAUGCCUGUCACAUUCUCUUAAACAGCUUUGGAACUUAUGCUCUUAUUGGGGAACCCAUCUCUGACUGCGCCGUUCGACAGCUGAAAGUAGCGGUUUUUGGCUGCCUGUCUUGCAAUUCUCUGGAUUACAAUCUGAGAGUGUAUUGUGUGGAUAACACCCCUUGUGCAUUCCAGGAAGUUGUUUCGGAUGAGAGGCUCCAAGGAGGACAAUUGCUGGAGGAACCUAAGCUGCUGCACUUCAGAGGGAAUACCUUCAGUCUCCAGAUAUCUGUCCUUGAUAUCCCUCCUUUCCUUUGGAGAAUCAAACCAUUCACAGCAUGUCAGGAAGUUCCCUUCUCCCGCGUGUGGUGCAGCAGCCCCAAGCCGCUGCACUGUGCCUUCUCCCUGGAGCGCUACACCCCGGCCACCACCCAGCUCUCCUGCAAGAUCUGCGUGCGGCAGGUCAAGGGCCACGAGCAAAUCCUGCAGAUCCAGACAUCCAUCCUCGAGAACGAGAGAGAGACCAUUGCUUUCUUUGCACAUGAUGACAGCAGCUUCCCUGCACAGAUGGGUCCCAAAGCAUUCAAAAUCCCCUACUCGAUUAGGCAGCGAAUCUGUGCCACCUUCGACACACCCAAUGCCAAAGGCAAAGACUGGCAGAUGCUAGCACAAAAAACCAGCAUCAACAGGAACCUCUCCUACUUUGCUACCCAAAGCAGUCCAUCUGCAGUCAUCCUGGACCUCUGGGAAGCUCGACAUCAGCACGACGGUGACCUUGACUCCCUCGCCUGUGCCCUGGAAGAAAUAGGAAGGACACACUCCAAAAUCUCAGACAUCACAGAGACUGAGAUUGAGGAGCCUGACUUCAGCUACAGCAGACAGAAUGGACUCUAGGUCACUUUUCUCCACUCAAGAACUGAUGGCCAGCUUUGACUGACACUAGAGAUUCUGGUUGGCAGGGAGGACACGAGGGGUUCUGCACAGUGAGUAUGGAAACAGACACUCAUUGCCACCACCUAGCUUUGAGUUGGAGGAGCAGAAGCAGCCCUAAUUAAAAUCACCUCAGUAGUAAGGAAAACAUGAGCUUCUCCCUGGCCUCUCCAGCUAGAAUUUGUCUUUCAUGUCAAACCCAAACCUACACAUCUGUCAGUCCUGGGGCAGGAAGGAGCCAGAGAGAGCCCUGAAAGGUGAAUGUGAUGACAUCAGGAUGGGUUUAGCAUUCCAGUGCUGAUGUGCUGCCUAAUGAAAACCAGCCCCCACAGCAGGGAGUGCUCAGAGCCACUGGAGGUUAGUCCUAGCUGAUGGGUUUGUAUUCUGGGGGCCUUGAGUCCCCUUUCUCCUGCACCUCUCAACUCACCAUACUGAAAGAUUUGGCUUAAAACGGUCUUCAUGUUGUCACUGCUAGAGGAAGGCUGAAAAUCUGGCCUCAGCCUGGUCAGAUAUUUGAGAGAUUCGAUGCUCUCAUAAUUCUCUAGUUGAUACAAUGCCCAUCCCAAACAAUUCCCUUAAAGAAAAAAUUCCCUCCCUUCCUGGGUGGACAUUUGCUGCAGAGCUUUUCCUGCCUGUUCUGCUAACAAAGGAGAACAGAACAAAUCCUUCCCUGUGCAAUUAGUCUGGGUGUGAGAGGGAGAUUUUCUCCAGUUCUUAGUCUGCAAACAUUCACUUAAUCCAAAAAUGGUUCUUUGGGGGUGGAUUUAAAGAGCCAAAUAGAAGGCAGGAAAUUGCCAGCCCUCUAUUUAGCAAGUUUACACUUUGUGGUGGUUUUUUGUUUGUUACUUCAUGUUCCUGGGGCUAAACUAAGAGUGAAGUCAAUCAGCAGCUUAAUUUUGCUUCAGUUUCAGGUGAAAACAAUAAACCCCACAUAGCAGUGCCAAAAAAUUGGCUUCAUUUCCCUAGCUCCUGUGGGACUUCCAAGCUGUGCAAAGCUGGUUGGGUCACACUUGGGUUAGUUACAAUUUUUGCAUUUAUUACCCAAACCCAGGAUCCAACUAGAGAAUUUCUCCCCUCCCUCCCUCCCUCCCCCCAGUCCAUUUCAUACAACAUGAAUUUAUUGCUUGAACUGAACCAAAAAAAGAGAGCUGUCACUGUGAGUGUCUUAGUGGAACUGGGGCAGAGCCAAAUUUAAGCAGCAUUUUCAGUCCUGCAUUCUGGAAAAUUAGCCAAGGUGCUCUUUGGGCUUGGCCCUAGGCUGUCCCUUUGGGUGACAGCAACACAGCACUCACCAAAAGCAGGAACAGACCUGAGACUUUAGGAGCUGUAUGAGAAUGCAAACCAUUGGAAAUGAGCAUGCUGGGUCAGUUGGUGGGU